GCUGAUGUACACAAAGGCAUGCGGUCAGUAAUUGAAAUUCAGCAACAGAAUAAAGAUGUGCACUUGUUAUAAUAAGAAAUAUAUAUGAUUAAUAUAAUAUAAAUUAUUGAAAUAAACGUUUACGAAAUAUUGAUUAAUCUGUUUAAGUGAGCUUUCGAAAUAAGAAUGUUGCUCAAUGCAGUGCAAUUAUCGAUUAGAUCGAUUUGCGGCAUAAAUCUUUUGAGGUCAAUCAAUCUAAGGCCAAAUAUAAAAUGCAGAUAUACUAGGUGGGCUAGUCGGUCUCCUGUUGCGAUUGUCAAUGAACAUGAACUUUUUGAUGAAACGACUGAUACGAAGACAACAAAAACCAAAAUACCUGAAAAAGCUUUUAAAACACGUAAGGAGAAAUUUAAAACACGUAAGGAGAAAUCUAAAACACAGAAAGGAAAAGAAAAGAAAAAACAGGAGAUUCAAAAUAAAGUGGGAGAAACUAUUACCACAGAACAAGGAUACAAAUGUAUUAAAGCAGAUGACAGGCUUAUAAGCUCUUUAAUGAUAGAUGUCAAAACAAGAAACAAGAGAGAAAAAAAUAAUAAUAUGUUGUUAGAAGGUUUUCGUUUGAUUAAAGAUGCAGUUGAAGCAGGGACAAAACCAAAAGCCAUAUUCUUCAAUAGAAUAUCUGAAAUAUUACCAUUGUCACUAUCCAAGGAAGUAAAAUUGUAUAAAGUUCCAUAUCGUACAAUUCAGUUGUGGUCUAAUUUAACAACUUCUCCUGGAAUACUUGGAAUUUUUGAGAUCCCAGAUGUGACUGCCAAGCAACCUACUGAUAAUGCUAUACCUCUGACUAUUAUCUGCGAUAAUAUUAGAGACCCUGGAAAUUUAGGAACUAUUGUUAGAGCUGCUGCAGCAGUUGGUUGUGAAAAGCUGCUAUUAAUGAAAGGAUGUACAGAUUUAUGGGACACUAAAGUAUUACGCAGUGCUGUUGGUGCACAUUUUCGCAUACCAAUACAUACAUCUGUUUUAUGGGAUGAAAUUCCAACAUUAAUAAGCAACGAAUCGAUGAUGUUCCUAGCAGACAACAAUAUAACAUAUGAAAAUAAGUUAAAAGAUAAUAUGGUUAAUGCAGAAUCAGAUGUAAGUACUUUCAUCGAAGCUGACGAUAAUAAUAUGAAACAAGAUAAUUACGAUGCCAACAAUGGUCAAAUAGUUGAAAACGAUAAAUCAGAGGACGCGAUAGACGAAUUAGUAGAUAAAAAUAAAUCACACAAACCAACUGCAAAAACUAAAUUAUUAGUAAAAAAGUUAAUAUCUCAACUUCCAGUUGAACCUUAUUAUACGUUAGAUUUUACAAAGAAAGAAAUAGUACUUGUAAUUGGUGGGGAAACUGAGGGUGUAAGUCUCGAAUCAUGCAAAUUGCUCCAUGCGAGAAAUUGCAUUCGUGUCAAUGUACCGCUGACUAACGGCAUUGACAGUUUAAAUGUUGGUGUAGCUGUUGGUAUCGUUACAUUUGAAAUGAAAAGACAGUUUAUGACCAAAAAUAUAGAUGAUAAAUAAAAUUAUUUUUUUAUAUGAUA